UUCAUCUCUCUUCUUUUUCUUUUUAAUCUGUAAUGUUUAAGAAGUCGAACCUACUUCUUGAACUACUGUAUUCUUGAGUGCCCAUGUUUUGAUUUACAAUAUUAGUUCUGAUUUCAUUACAGUGCAGUUGAGCUUCCAAUCAAACAAAAGGGUUUGCAUGGGAGGUCUUAAAUUGAAGAUGGCUCCUUGUGGAGUCUUAGUUUUGGUCCUGAUCAUGUAUAUAGCCAGUGGACUUGCAUACCAUGAUCGUGAGGAAUCAGAGAGCAUGUUUUUGCUUGAUAAAUCCAAGAAGUUGAUUAAGACAGAAGCAGGAGAAGUUAGAAUCCUGCAAAGAGGAUACAAGGAGGAGAAAGAACAGGAAAGAGGAGGAAUAAGAAGAGGCCACCUUGAAAUAGGCUUCAUAACAAUGGAACCAAAGUCCUUCUUUUUGCCUCAUUUUUUCAAUUCAGAUAUGGUUUUUUUUGUAGAGAGAGGUUCUGCAAAACUGGGAUGGGUUCAUAAGAAUGAUUUAAUUGAACAAAACCUGAAACUUGGAGAUAUAUACCGCAUUCCUGGAGGUUCUGUUUUCUAUUUGAUCAAUACUCAUAAAGGCCAGCGUCUACAUAUAAUCUUCUCUGUUGAUACAUCAGAGAGCCUUGUUCCUGGGAAAAUUCAGUCAUUUUAUGUGGCUGGUGGUUUGGAUCCUGUCUCUGUUCUGUCAGGAUUUGAUGAUCAUAUUCUCAGUGGAGCUUUUAAUGUAUCUCGUAGUGAAUUGGAAACACUAAUGGGCAGACAGAGCCAGGGUCCAAUCAUAUAUUUAACAGAGAGGCAACAUGAGAGUAAAAUGUCAAGCUGGUUUAACUCCUAUGGUUCAUCCCAAUGGAGGUUGUUUUUAGAGUCCUUCAUUAACCGUAAGAGAACGGCCAGGAAGUUUAAUAGCUAUAACAUUUUUGACAAGACCAAACCUCCUGCUUUUAAAAACGACUAUGGAUGGAGCGUUGCAAUCAGCAAUGAUGAUUACUCUUCUCUGAAUGAACCAGACAUUGGAGUAUUCUACGUCAACCUUUCUGCUGGAGCCAUGCUGGCUCAUCAUUACAAUCCUAGGGGAACAGAGUAUGGAAUUGUCACAAGGGGUGAGGGGAGAAUUCAGAUUGCAUUUCCAAAUGGGUCAAGUGCAAUGGAUAUGGAGGUGGGAACUGGAAGCGCAUUUUGGGUGCCACAGUAUUAUCCAGUCUGCCAGAUCGCUGCCAGGAGCGGUCCCUUGGAAUUUUUUGGCUUCACUACCUCUGCUAGAGGGAACCGUCCUCAGUUCCUCACAGGGAGGAAUUCGGUAUUCAAUAUAAUGGGAAGCCGAAAUUUGGCCAUGGCAUUUAAUAUAAGUGAGGAAAGAGUGAAGGAAAUUUUCCGCGCCCAGGCAGAGGCUGUUAUUCUUCCUCCCCUGAAUCCUGAAAAAAGACAGCAGGAGGAAGCAGGGAAAGGGGAAGAAGGUGAAGCUGAAGAAGAGAAAGGGGAAGAAGAAGCAGCUGAAGAAGAGAGGGGAAAAGGAGGAGGAGAACCGCCAUUAUUCAAUAUUUUAAGAAAGAUGCAUUAGAUUGUGGACUUGUCGCCUUAAAUAAAUGAGCAGUCCACUUCUGUCUGUACAUAUUGUCUAUAAUGUAGUGUUUUUGGGGUCAUGUUAUUAAUUUCCUUGUCAAUAAAAGCUAUUGGGCUAUGGCUUUAUGUCAAGUUUAA